UGCUAAGCAACAAUGAUAGUGGAAAGUGAAAUUAAGAACAAAAGGGACAAAUAUUUGGACACAAUUAAAGACACACACAUGAUUGGUACAGAGAUUUUUUAUAUUUUCUGUGUGUAUUGCGUAACUAUGAUCGGCCUAUUGUGGCUACUGUUAGAGCAAGUCUACGGUUUAAUAGUUGCUCCUCAAGAGAACAAUGAAAGUCACAAUGAUUCAAGUAGCUCAGAUAAAAAUCAAAACUUGGAUGACUCAAGAGAAACUCAAUGCACAAACCCAAGUCUGGUUCCGUUUUGCAAAAUUAAUCCACACUUAAAAUGUGCGUUUAACUCCGAAAAUAGAAUUCUGAAGAAGGCUAUCAACAGGAAGUUUAAAUAUACCCCCCUCUUGAAGAGAUGUGCGGAACGUGGAAUUGCUAGUUCAACAACAUCUAUGUUUAAAAUAAAUGAAAAUUCACCAAAUGUUGCUGUAAUUGCCAAGAUUCCAAGUAAAACUGAAGUUCUUGAUAGUUUAAUUUUUCCCAUAGAGGAAUCCCUAGUAUCGGAUACAAACAUCAUAUGUGGACUGGACAGUGAAAAGGGAUGCUGUGCUAUUGUUCCUUAUACAUACGAGUGUUUCAAUAGUAAUCAUUCAACAGAUGGUAAAAUUAGAAUAUUUAGUCUUCAAAAAACAGCUGAUUGCUGUAUGGGUCAGUUGAGAAUUGACUAUGAGAUGGUAAUUCCAAACUGUCUGCAACUUGAAACAUUAGGCACUUUAGAAAUACAAAGCUUCAGAACGGUGCCUUACAGAAACAGACAUACGACAAGUGUCAUUACUUGUAAACUACAAUCAACAAACACAUUUCCAAAAAUUAAAAUCAAAGAAUUGGAUUCGGAUUAUGGUGUAAUUCCAGAGAAAAUGUUUGAGAUAAAUAGCUCUGAAGAUAUAUUUUUGACUGCAACAAUAAACGCCAGCAGAAAAAAGGGACGGAAACAAAAAUUAUUUAGACAUACAAAUUAUAGUGAAAAACUAACAUUCUCACCGACCCAAUGUCAUGGAAGGCUGAUGUCAUUCAUGAACAGAAAUCGAGGAUACACACAAAGCAAACUGAUGUUGGAGAUUGAAAAAGAACUGAGGCCAAUCAAAGAGCAGAUAAAAGAGCUGCAGAGGUCCAUGACCAACGUCAAUGUGAUAAACUGCAGAUCCAAGAAAGGUGUGAAGAAUGGCUACAUAAGUCAGAUCUUCACGAGGCUCCAUGAAGAAGGCUGCUCCGAUUUGGAUACUGAAGAUGGUCCAACGAGACUCUCUCCAUUGGCAGAAAUGUAUAUUAAAUUGUCAAGGUAUUAAAUAUUAAUUUGUUGUA